GGUGUGGUUCUGAAACUUUCCUGCACUCUACUACUUCUAGCAGGGCUUUAAAUGGAGCGUAGUGCUUGGCCUGCCGCGCUAAUCUCAGUCUGACACUAACUAUACCUCGCGUCUGGAGUACCCCCCAGCUCAACCCCAAACCCACUUCAUCUGUCUCUUUGUAAUAUUUGCGUUCGCGACCCGGCGAAGCUGGAGCCGAGAAAACGGCGCUGUGCUUUGGCCGCCUUCCACCCGUUGCUCCUCACUGACUUUUUUUUGUGUUUGAUUGCCUGAGCGUGCGCCCUGGCUGUUACGGGAGCGAGAGCUGAGGACUCAGCAGGAAAAGAGAGCAGUCACCAUGCUGCGAGACGUCGGAUCCAAUAUUUUGGAAUUCUACAACGACCUGCUGUCCAAAUGCGACCCCCGGGUCAAAGACUACCCGUUGGUGCACUGUCCCCUGAAAAUGACUAGCCUCUUGGUGGGCUACGUCAUCUUCGCCGUCUACUUGGGGCCUCGCCUAAUGGCCAACCGCAAUCCCUUCCACCUAAACACGGCUAUGGUGGUCUACAACUUUGGCAUGGUCGCCCUCAACGCUUUCAUCGUGUACGAGUUCCUGAUGUCCGGAUGGGGCACCACCUUCACGUGGAAAUGUGAUCUUAUUGAUCCCUCCAGGAGUGCGCAGGCGCUUCGGAUGGUGCGAGUGGGUUGGUUGUUUUUCUUUUCCAAGUUCAUCGAACUUCUCGACACGGUAUUCUUUGUGUUGAGGAAGAAACAAAAUCAAAUCACUUUUCUCCACGUGUUCCAUCACUCUGUCAUGCCCUGGUCGUGGUGGUGGGGCGUCAUGCUGACUCCUGGUGAGGACUGGUUCGCGCUCACAUACUCCGUUGCUGACGGCAACUUGUCACAGCUGACCCAGAUUUUUCCCAUCGCAGCCGGCGGUAUGGGCUCCUUCCACGCCAUGGUGAACGCCACGGUCCACGUCAUCAUGUACACGUACUAUGGGCUGGCGGCGGCCGGGCCGCGCUUCCAAAAGUUCCUGUGGUGGAAGAAGUACAUGACCGCCAUCCAGCUGACGCAGUUCAUCGUAGUGUCGGUGCACAUCAGCCAGUACUACUUCAUGGAGAAAUGCGACUACCAGAUGCCCCUGUGGAUCCACAUGAUCUGGAUGUACGGUGUACUCUUCUUCAUGCUCUUCUCCAACUUCUGGCUGCAGGCCUACAUCCGGGGCAAACGGCUGCCCGUCACCCAACUCAAGGGCGGGGGUGACCGGGCCCCACCCAGCCCCCCGCUGGCUAACGGCACCCACCAACACAACGGCAAUGCCAGCGGCGACCAGAACAACCGCCACCAGCACAUUCACACGAAUGGCAAUGUGCAAUUGAGCAAAGUAAAGGAGAUCUAACUUUUGGGGGGGGACCCUGAUCAUGUCUCAGCGACUCUACCGUACUACUACAGCUAUAGAAUAACCAAUUCCUUUCAUAUCCGUCUUCCGUUCCGUGUACUAGUAAGAUCUUUGUCCUCCUCGUAAGACAUUUAAGCACACUAGUACAAUGACUAGUAAAACAAAAAUUCUGCUACUAGUGACACAAUUGGCCUACUAAUCCCACAAUUAAACCUUCCCUAGUAAACUAUUUGGCCCCACUAGUUAUGUGUCAUGCACUAGAAGCCUCUUGGACCAUACAACCCACCGGCACCAAAAUGGCCCCUCGUAGUUUGCAUCACGUUAUCAGCCUUCUCAAGUCCACAACUUGAUGUUGUCCAACUGGUGUGCUGAAAUAUUCAGUCGUUUAUUUGAUAGGAGUGUACUAGUGAACUCCUGUGUUGCACUAGUAACACUACUCAAACAUUCUUUUUUUUUAACCCUGACGGCAUCUAUGGAAAGCCAAUUGAGCAGCCUUGAUAUCCAGCUGUACUCGUAUAUUCCUGUCCACAUUCGCAAGACUUGGCAAGUUGGCACUAGCACCAAAGUGUCUUAGUCUGAGGACAAAGAGCGUACUUGUACACUGAGGAAUAAAGACUCAAAAUGGCUUUGCUGACAGUGUAGUCUGUUUUGAUUCACAUUGUUGGGACAUGUUAUCAUAUGAAUGGCUUGUUUUGUUUUCUUUUGUUUUUGUCAGUGAUCUUGUGUUUUUGUGGCCUCACUGUGAAGUUUGGUGCUCCAUUUUCUCACGGAUUGUGUUCCUUCAUUGCGGAUUUGCGCUCCGCUAGUACCACGUUAGGCCGACACCAACCUCGUAUCAUUCCGUUUUCACUGAAGACUAGCACGUGUAAAUAAUUUGAGAAACGCUUUUCAUUUGUACAUGUUGAAUUUAUAGAUUUUUGUUGUUUGAUUAUUUAUCUUUUUGAAAUAAACACAUUUUAGAUAUCAA